AUGGCCCCGGUGCAGCUGGAGAACCACCAGCUGGUCCCGCCCGGAGGCGGGGGCAGCGGCGGCCCAGCGUCAGCCCCGGCGCCUCCUCCCCCGGGAGCAGCCGUGGCGGCGGCUGCUGCGGCCGCGGCCAGCCCUGGCUACCGGCUCAGCAGCCUCAUCGAAUUUUUGCUCCACCGGGCCUACUCGGAGCUCAUGGUGUUGACGGAUCUACUGCCACGGAAAUCUGAUGUGGAAAGGAAAAUAGAAAUAGUACAGUUUGCUAGCCGAACACGCCAACUCUUCGUUCGAUUAUUAGCUUUAGUAAAAUGGGCUAAUAAUGCUGGCAAAGUGGAAAAAUGUGCGAUGAUCUCGAGCUUUUUAGACCAGCAAGCCAUCCUGUUUGUGGACACUGCUGAUCGCCUGGCCUCUUUAGCUCGAGAUGCUCUGGUCCAUGCGCGGCUGCCUAGUUUUGCCAUCCCGUAUGCCAUUGAUGUACUGACUACUGGCUCUUACCCACGGCUGCCAACCUGCAUUAGGGACAAAAUCAUUCCUCCUGAUCCAAUUACCAAAAUUGAGAAACAAACCACACUUCAUCAGCUGAACCAGAUUCUUAGACAUCGACUUGUAACCACAGAUCUCCCUCCUCAGUUAGCAAAUCUUACAGUUGCAAAUGGCAGAGUGAAGUUUCGAGUUGAAGGAGAAUUUGAAGCCACCUUGACUGUGAUGGGAGAUGACCCUGAUGUUCCAUGGCGUCUUCUCAAGCUAGAAAUUCUGGUUGAGGAUAAGGAAACAGGAGAUGGGCGAGCUUUGGUUCAUAGUAUGCAAAUCAACUUUAUCCAUCAGUUGGUGCAGUCUAGGCUCUUUGCUGAUGAGAAACCUCUUCAGGACAUGUACAACUGCUUACAUUCAUUCUGUUUAUCACUUCAGUUAGAAGUGUUACAUUCCCAAACUCUAAUGUUAAUCCGAGAGCGGUGGGGAGACCUUGUGCAGGUUGAAAGGUAUCAUGCUGGAAAGUGCCUUUCCCUCUCAGUUUGGAAUCAACAGGUUCUUGGGAGAAAAACAGGGACCGCAUCUGUUCACAAAGUUACAAUUAAAAUUGAUGAGAAUGAUGUCUCUAAGCCUUUACAGAUUUUUCAUGAUCCUCCUUUACCAGCUUCUGAUUCCAAAUUAGUAGAAAGAGCUAUGAAGAUUGAUCACUUAUCAAUAGAAAAACUCUUGAUUGACAGCGUCCAUGCAAGGGCUCAUCAGAAGCUCCAGGAACUGAAGGCCAUUCUUAGAGGCUUCAAUGCCAACGAGAACUCUUCCAUAGAAACUGCACUUCCAGCUCUUGUUGUUCCCAUCUUGGAGCCCUGCAGUAGUUCAGAGUGUCUACAUAUUUUUGUGGAUUUGCAUUCUGGAAUGUUCCAGUUGAUGCUUUAUGGACUUGACCAGGCUACUCUCGAUGACAUGGAGAAGUCUGUGAAUGAUGAUAUGAAACGGAUCAUUCCUUGGAUUCAGCAGCUUAAGUUUUGGCUUGGACAGCAGCGUUGCAAACAAUCUAUAAAACAUCUGCCUACGAUAAGCAGUGAAACAUUGCAGCUUUCCAAUUACUCAACCCAUCCUAUUGGCAACCUUUCUAAGAAUAAACUGUUUAUUAAACUUACCCGUCUUCCACAAUACUACAUUGUUGUGGAGAUGUUGGAGGUUCCAAAUAAACCCACACAGCUGGCAUACAAGUACUACUUCCUGUCUGUGAGCAGUACAGAUCGUGAUGACAGCCCUGUCACGGCACUCGUGCUACAGCAGUUCAAGGAAAAUACCCAGGAUGUGGUUGCAUGUACAAAAACUGGGAAACAGCCCAGAACUGGUGCCAAGCGCAAGUUGUCUGGUGAUCCAUGUCCAGUAGAACCCAAGAAAAUCAGACGAUCAGGAGAAAUGUGUGCCUUUAAUAAAGUUCUAGCUCACUUUGUCGCUAUGUGUGAUACAAAUAUGCCAUUUGUAGGACUUCGGUUGGAGUUGUCCAAUUUGGAGAUUCCACAUCAAGGAGUGCAAAUGGAAGGCGAUGGCUUUAGUCAUGCAAUCCGCUUAUUAAAAAUUCCUCCAUGUAAGGGUGUAAAUGAGGAAACCCAAAAGGCUCUGGACCGCUCUCUUCUUGAUUGCACUUUCCGAUUACAAGGUAGAAAUAACCGCACAUGGGUGGCAGAGUUAGUGUUUGCAAAUUGUCCACUUAAUGGCACUUCUACCAGGGAGCAAGGACCAUCCAGGCAUGUUUAUCUGACAUACGAAAAUUUGUUGUCUGAACCUGUUGGUGGUCGGAAAGUGGUUGAAAUGUUUCUUAAUGACUGGAAUAGCAUUGCAAGAUUAUAUGAGUGUGUGUUGGAAUUUGCACGUUCUCUACCAGCAAGAGCAGCCCAGGCCUUGCAGCCCCUGCCACCACCUGCCUGUCCACUGGACAAAGCCCAAGAACCCUGUCCUCUGCCGACCUGCCUGUAUCCUAUCUGUAGUUCAGUGCUGCAAGAGUCUGAGUUUGGUGUCUUUAAAACCAUUAGUAUCCAGUGGAAUUCCAUACACCAAAAGUUUCACAUUUCUUUGGGAACUGUUGGCCCAAACUCAGGUUGCAGUAACUGUCACAAUACCAUCCUCCAUCAGCUUCAAGAAAUGUUCAACAAAACCCCAAAUGUGGUUCAGUUAUUACAGGUACUGUUCGAUACUCAGGCUCCAUUAAAUGCCAUCAACAAGCUUCCCACUGUGCCCAUGUUGGGCUUGACCCAGAGAACCAACACUGCCUAUCAGUGCUUCUCCAUUCUGCCACAGUCAUCCACCCACAUCAGACUGGCCUUCAGGAACAUGUAUUGCAUCGAUAUAUACUGCCGGAGUCGAGGUGUUGUUGCAAUCCGCGAUGGUGCCUAUAGUCUUUUUGAUAAUAGCAAAUUAGUUGAAGGUUUUUAUCCUGCACCAGGAUUAAAGACAUUCCUGAAUAUGUUUGUUGACAGCAAUCAGGAUGCUCGGAGAAGGUCUGUAAAUGAAGAUGAUAAUCCCCCUUCUCCUAUUGGAGGAGAUAUGAUGGAUUCUUUAAUAUCACAACUCCAGCCCCAGCCACCACCCCAGCAACAGCCAUUUCCAAAGCAGCCAGGAUCAUCAGGUGCUUAUCCUCUUACUUCACCCCCUACAUCUUACCACAGCACAGUUAAUCAGUCUCCCUCUAUGAUGCACACACAGUCCCCAGGAAAUCUGCAUGCUGCCAGCUCCCCCAGUGGGGCUUUGAGAGCCCCAUCACCAGCAUCAUUUGUUCCAACUCCUCCCCCAUCCUCGCAUGGAAUCUCAAUAGGACCAGGGGCCAGUUUUGCUAGUCCACAUGGAACGCUUGACCCUAGUUCUCCAUACACAAUGGUGUCACCAAGUGGACGAGCAGGGAACUGGCCAGGAUCUCCUCAAGUGUCUGGCCCCUCACCAGCAACACGCAUGCCUGGAAUGUCGCCAGCUAACCCAUCACUACAUUCUCCAGUUCCAGAUGCUUCUCAUUCCCCUCGAGCUGGAACAAGUUCUCAGACGAUGCCAACAAACAUGCCUCCACCUCGUAAACUACCUCAACGCUCUUGGGCAGCAUCCAUCCCUACCAUCCUCACUCACAGUGCCUUGAACAUUUUACUGCUGCCCUCUCCAACACCAGGCCUAGUGCCGGGCCUGGCAGGUAGUUACCUUUGUUCUCCACUGGAGAGAUUCCUUGGAUCAGUCAUCAUGAGACGACACCUUCAAAGAAUUAUUCAGCAAGAAACGCUACAGCUGAUAAAUUCUAAUGAACCAGGAGUGAUCAUGUUUAAGACUGAUGCACUGAAAUGCAGAGUAGCCCUUAGUCCCAAAACCAACCAAACACUUCAGCUAAAAGUGACACCUGAAAAUGCAGGACAGUGGAAACCUGAUGAACUUCAAGUUCUGGAGAAAUUCUUUGAAACAAGAGUUGCAGGACCACCAUUUAAAGCCAAUACGUUAAUAGCCUUUACCAAGCUGUUAGGAGCGCCUACACACAUCCUCAGAGACUGUGUACAUAUUAUGAAACUAGAGCUGUUCCCUGACCAGGCAACACAGCUAAAGUGGAACGUUCAGUUUUGCCUGACGAUCCCACCCAGCGCACCACCGAUAGCACCUCCUGGGACGCCUGCUGUGGUGCUGAAAUCCAAAAUGCUUUUUUUUCUUCAACUAACUCAGAAAACAUCCGUCCCUCCCCAAGAACCUGUUAGUAUUAUAGUUCCAAUCAUUUAUGACAUGGCUUCAGGUACAACCCAGCAGGCAGACAUUCCCAGACAGCAGAACUCUUCUGUUGCUGCUCCCAUGAUGGUCAGCAACAUUCUGAAGAGGUUUGCAGAGAUGAAUCCACCACGACAAGGUGAAUGCACAAUAUUUGCAGCUGUUCGUGAUUUAAUGGCUAAUCUUACACUGCCCCCUGGUGGGCGUCCAUAA